CCAGGGAAGCGCUGCCAGCAGGAGCAGCGGCAGCGGCGGGAGGGAGGCGCAGCCCGGCGGACCCAGCUCCGCUGCCCGUCGGCGCUCUCCCCGCGGAGGCUGGGGACCUGCUGUGGGGUGAUGGAGGAGCAUGGGUACCCUUCCUAUAGCGCCCGCAGCCCCGCCUGGGAGGAGCUGGAGUCCGGGAAGAUGGCCGGGGCCGAGUCGGGGAUGAGCGGCGCCGGGAUCCCGCUGCAGCCCCAGCCCCAACCCCCGGCGGCGGCGGCGGGGCCGGCGGACGAGUCGUCGGACAGCGAAGGGGAGCACGAGGGCCCCCAGAAACUCAUCCGGAAAGUGUCCACCUCGGGCCAGAUCCGCAGCAAGACAAGUAUAAAAGAAGGAUUACUACUGAAGCAAACCAGCUCUUUUCAGAGGUGGAAAAAGCGCUAUUUCAAACUUCGAGGUCGUACCCUUUACUAUGCUAAGGAUUCAAAGUCUCUAAUAUUUGAUGAAGUUGACCUGUCAGAUGCCAGUGUAGCUGAAUCAAGCACAAAAAAUGUCAACAACAGCUUCACGAUAAUCACUCCAUUUAGGAGGCUAAUAUUGUGUGCUGAGAACAGAAAAGAAAUGGAGGACUGGAUAAGCUCUCUGAAGUCCGUUCAGUCCAGAGAACACUAUGAGACCGCACAGUUUAAUGUGGAACAUUUCUCAGGGAUGCAUAACUGGUACGCCUGCUCCCAUGCCCGACCCACCUUCUGUAACGUGUGCAGAGAGAGCCUCUCUGGAGUCACUUCUCACGGCCUGUCCUGUGAAGUGUGUAAGUUUAAAGCACAUAAAAGAUGUGCUGUCCGAGCAACAAAUAACUGCAAAUGGACGACAUUAGCCUCCAUUGGAAAAGACAUCAUUGAAGAUGAAGAUGGUAUAGCGAUGCCUCACCAGUGGUUAGAGGGAAACCUGCCCGUCAGUGCCAAGUGCGCAGUCUGCGACAAGACUUGUGGCAGUGUUCUACGCCUGCAGGAUUGGAAGUGCCUUUGGUGUAAAGCUAUGGUUCACACAGCCUGUAAAGAUCUGUACCCUCGUAAAUGUCCACUUGGCCAAUGUAAGGUAUCGAUCAUCCCUCCAACAGCACUAAACAGUAUAGACUCCGAUGGUUUCUGGAAAGCCACAUGCCCGCCAUCCUGUGCCAGUCCUCUUUUAGUUUUUGUUAACUCAAAGAGUGGAGACAAUCAGGGAGUAAAGUUUCUUCGUCGAUUCAAACAGUCGUUAAAUCCAGCUCAGGUCUUCGAUUUAAUGAAUGGAGGACCUCACUUAGGUUUGCGGUUAUUUCAGAAGUUUGACAACUUCAGGAUUCUUGUGUGUGGUGGCGAUGGAAGUGUUGGUUGGGUCUUGUCAGAAAUUGAUAAGCUCAGCUUGCACAAGCAGUGUCAGUUAGGAGUGUUACCCCUUGGUACUGGAAAUGACCUUGCUCGUGUCCUUGGCUGGGGUGGAUCCUGUGAUGAUGAUACGCAACUUCCUCAGAUUUUGGAAAAACUAGAACGAGCCAGCACGAAAAUGCUAGACAGGUGGAGUAUAAUGUCAUAUGAACUGAAAUUACCAGCAAAACCUUCUAUUCUUCCUGUGACUGCAGAAGAGUCAGAGGAGUGCCAGAUAUCUGCUUAUGAGGAUUCAGUUGCUGCUCAUCUUGCAAAAAUUCUCAAUUCUGAUCAGCAUUCAGUUGUCAUAUCAUCUGCCAAAAUAUUAUGUGAAACUGUAAAGGACUUUGUUGCCAAAAUAGGGAAGACUUACGAAAAACCAAUGGAAAAUGCAGAGGAAGCUGAUGCCAUGGCCAUUAAAUGCUCAGAGUUAAAUGAAAAGCUGGACCUAUUGCUCCAGGCUCUUCACACAGAAGCCCAGGCUGCUCCCAUUCUCCCAGGCAUUGCUUCCCCCAUUGUGGAAGAAGAGCCAGAGGAGUUCUCAAGUGAAGAAUCCCUGUCUGAAAGUAAAGAACAAUUAGCAGAGUGUGUCUCAAAGUCUUCCCAGAAGCUCUUCAAACCAAGGCAACAGUUAAUGCUCCGAGCAAACAGCUUGAAGAAGGCUGUGAGGCAGAUCAUUGAACAAGCAGAAAAAGUUGUGGAUGAGCAGAAUGCUCAUAGUGAAGAACAAGUGAACCAGUCUCCAGUAGAAUACAGCAAAGAAUUGGAUGAAUCCAAAGAAGAGGAAAAAGAGGAAGAUACAAAGGAACUUGAGUCUCCAUCAACUAAAACUGCACCAAGAUCUCCUGACAGACGCACAAGCCGAGGUAUCCAUUCUCAGACAGGUUCCUUCUCUGCUCCAGCUUUGGCAGCAAGCAAGGAAAACCUCCCAGUACUUAACACGAGAAUUAUCUGUCCGGGUUUAAGGGCUGGUCUAGCUGCUUCCAUUGCAGGAAGUUCAAUUAUUAGCAAAAUGUUGCUAGCAAACAUCGAUCCAUUUGGUGCUACGCCGUUUAUUGACCCGGAUCCAGAUUCCUUGGAGGGAUAUUCAGAAAAAUGUGUCAUGAACAACUACUUUGGAAUUGGAUUAGAUGCAAAAAUUUCACUAGAAUUUAAUAACAAGCGAGAAGAGCACCCUGAAAAAUGCAGAAGUCGGACGAAAAACAUGAUGUGGUAUGGAGUUCUUGGCACAAAAGAGCUAUUGCAGAGAACUUACAAGAACUUAGAACAAAAAGUUCAACUUGAGUGUGAUGGACAGUACAUCCCCCUUCCAAGCCUGCAGGGCAUAGCUGUGCUAAACAUUCCCAGCUAUGCCGGUGGGACUAAUUUCUGGGGUGGAACCAAAGAAGAUGAUAUAUUUGGAGCUCCAUCUUUUGACGAUAAAAUCUUGGAGGUUGUUGCUGUAUUUGGAAGCAUGCAGAUGGCAGUGUCCAGAGUCAUCAAACUGCAGCACCACAGGAUAGCUCAGUGUCGGUCAGUAAAGAUCACCAUACUUGGUGAUGAAGGGGUUCCAGUGCAAGUCGAUGGAGAGGCAUGGAUCCAGCCCCCGGGAGUUAUUAAGAUCAUACAUAAAAACAGAGCUCAGAUGCUAACACGAGACAGAGCCUUUGAAAACACCCUGAAGUCUUGGGAGGACAAACAGAAGUAUGACUCCUGCAAACCUGUCAUUCGAUCCCCCUUGUACCCUCAGCAAGCUGUUGAGUUGGCUUCAGAUGAAGAAGUUGCACAGAUCCAGUUGUGCUCACAAGCUGCAGAAGAACUUAUUACCAGGAUCUGUGAAGCAGCAAAAGUACAUGGCCUCUUGGAGCAGGAGCUUGCUCAUGCUGUUAAUGCAUGUUCACAUGCAUUAAAUAAAGCCAACCCAAGGUUUCCUGAGAGCCUUACCAGAAACACUGCCAUGGAGAUAGCUGUCAAUGUGAAGGCCUUACACAAUGAAACAGAAUCUCUGCUAGUAGGAAGAGUUCCUUUGCAGUUAGAAGCUCCCCAUGAAGAACUGUUGUCUGAUGCUUUGCACAGUGUGGAAAUAGAGUUGAGAAAACUUGCUGAGAUUCCUUGGCUUUAUUAUGUUUUUCAACCAAAUGAUGAUGAGGAUCCCCCUCUGGAUUAUGCUAAAAGAAACAAUAGAAGUACAGUGUUUCGUAUAGUGCCAAAGUUUAAAAAAGAAAAAAUUCAGAAGCAUAAGACCAGCCCUCAGCCUGUUCAAAAAUGGGGCACAGAUGAAGUUGCUGCUUGGCUGGAUCUGCUCAGUUUGGGAGAGUACAAAGAAAUCUUCAUCAGCCAUGACAUCCGAGGCUCUGAGCUUUUACAUCUGGAAAGGCGAGAUCUUAAGGACCUGGGGAUAACGAAAGUGGGUCAUAUGAAGCGAAUUCUCCAGGGAAUUAAAGAGCUCAGCAAGAACACCCCUUUGUCUGAAGUGUAAUUAUGCUGGUGCUUUUCUUAAAGAGAGAAGAGAAAGUUGCUGGAGAAGCAAAGCUGUUGCAGGCACUUGGCUGUCCUUGUAGUUUAUGGAAGAAUAAGCACUGGUGUUUGUACAGGCUAGCAUCUCUGAAUUCUUGUGUGGUGAAGAACUUGCAGCAAGAGUACAAAAGGAUUUGUGCCAAAACAAAAAGGAAAAGGUGAUAUGUUCUGCGAAGAUGUUUUCUUGGUGUGCAAAUUGGCCAGUUCGGAUAAGCCCAGUUUGGUAAAUUGAUGGUGAAAUGCACUGACUGGAAAAUAUAAUCAAGGAAUGACUGCUUUGCUUACAUGCAGCUCAGUAUGCCUCUCUUUAUGCUGCAGCAAGAUGCCACUGUACAGCAUGAGGUCAUCUGGUUUUCCUUCCGAGGCGUAGCUCUGUAAAACCUCCUGUGCAGGAGACCAGGAGGUUUGGAAGGUUCAACACGUGAGCCUGGCAGUGCCGCAGGUAUCCAGCACUCGCUGGCCAUGCAGAAGAGGGGAGAGAUACCUCGUGAUACCAUGAAUGCAAACUAUAAUGCAUGGUGUGCCUGCCUGAAUUGUCUGUUGUUCUGUUGCAUGACACAUCUGAUACUUUAAACACUUGAACAACUUUUUUAUGGGUUUGAAUGAGAUUUAAUUUAUUGCUACUUGAGUGUCUUUUUUUUUUUUCCCUCCAAUUUCAGGCACUUUUCUAUUCUUCAGUGUUGUGUUAUGCCUAAAAUGUGUUCUACGGCAAAGGGUGUGUGGGUGUGGAAACUUAGCAUUUGUGCCAUAUUCAGCAGAUUAUAUAUGAUUGAAACACUGUACAGUUAGAUUUUUAAAUAUAUCAUGUACAGAAGGUUUAUCAGGUAACUAACUUAUGAGAAUUUUUGAAAGACCGGUACCUCACAAAAAUAUCAAUUGGCUUCCUGCAUGGAAAAUGGUAAAGAAUUUUCUCAUGGUGCAUUUUAAUGUAGUUAUUCAGUUAUCUUAAACAUUUGUAGCAUAUUUGAACUUGUAGGCACUAAUGGUUUUAUUUAUUCUAUUGUUCAAAAGCAGGUUUAAAUAUUAAUGAAAUUUUCUUAAAGGAAAAUUUAAUUUUAUCAUACAUAAGAAGAUAUUUAAAAUGUAGCAGCUGAUUUGAUUUUUGUGGGGUAGACUUUUACUUGUUGCUAAUUAACUAUUAAUUUAAAAAUGCAUCUAUGUGCAUUUCUUUAAAAAGGUAUCAAUUUGUUUCUUGACAGCAUUCCACCAUCAGCAGACCAUAAAAAUAAAAAAAAACAGAUUAUAAGGUUUUAGGCUAUGCAUGCUAAGAUGAAUCAUGCAAGAGAGUAAUCCAUGAGUGUAAACAGGUUAAAAAAAUUAAAACCAUCGUUGUUUAGAUAUUGCUCUAGACCAGUGUUUGUAAGGUUAUUUACACUUUACUUAAAUGAAACAGGUUCAUAAUCUUAUUUCCUGGUUAACUUUUCACAAAAGUAUUAAUAUAGCUCGAAAAUAAAUUUAGAUAUCUACAAAAAAAAUCCUACCUAAAUGUCUGAGAUUAGAUGACUUUGCACCACCUGCCAGAAAACUUGCACAGAAUUGCUCUCUCCUUGCUGUUUCUAGCAAUUGUGGCAUUGCAGCACGAGGAACACUUGACUUUCACCUAAUCAAGUAGCUUUGAUGUUUCUUGCAUGUUAAAGAGUAUCUUAACAUCUAUUUAUGUUUCACUCAUGGGCAGAAGAGUAAAGUUUCAUUUGUUUUUACCAAAACGUAUUUUCUUGUAUAAAGGGGCCAAUGUCAAGUACUGCAUCCUGGUUUUGCCCUCCAUUUCUCAUGCAUAUGACCAGAGUUGAUCCAUGGCAAGUAGAUGGGACUCAUCCCUUGGAAAGUAAAAUCUAUUAUACUCAUUGUUUUAUUGGAGAAAAAAGAAAAAAUAAUCAAAAUAGGCUUAAUUUUUAUCUUAUUGUAGUUCUUUGUGUUCUUGCUGCUGUAGGUUCAACAGGCACCACUCUGGGAGUUCUGUGUACAUAAUGAUUAUUCUGGUAAACAAAAGUAAAAGUAAAAGGCUAUAUUCUGUUAGGUUUUGCAUGAAGAACAAACCAAAAUGCAUUUGCCAAAUGAUAUGAUUUUCAGGCUGUUGUAUGAAAAGCAUAUGAAAAAAAUGGAAAGUUAGGCAAACAAUGGAAAGCUUGUUGGUUUUGGUUUUAUUUUAAUGUACUUGACAUUCACCCCUUUAAUGACGUUCAGGUGACAUCUGCCAAGUCUUUGUAAGCAUUAUUUCCUUUUCUCUUUGUUCCUCAGUAAGCUACACUGCAUUUUAACAUGUGGCAGCAUCUUAGCAUAUUGACAUACAGUAGACAACAUAGCUAAUCUUCUGGUCUAUUCAAGGACAUAAUACAUAGCAGAACUUUCUUUGCUUUCCCGAUUGUAAGAUACAAUCUCUUUACAACUUUCAGCCUUGCUGUAUGUAAUGCAUUAAGAUGGGCUAUGGAACCAGAUCUCUUCAAGUCACUGUAGAGGUCUACACUGAGUGUAUUGAAAAAUGGGAGCUGCUUUUGGGCAGGGAAAAAUGGGAAAAUUUUGUUUGUAACACAGCUUUCUUAUGGCACUCCUCAAAUUACCUCAGUAUAGGACAACUGAUCAAUGUUCAUUUUUCUAAAUGACCACCAAAGAAUUUAACCUUGAUUCUCCUAAGCAGUUUUUUUAAACAUGUGAAUAGGAAAAAACAAAACUGUAAGUAUCAUUUAUGCUGUAUUUAUUAGAUGCCCAGGAGAGCAAAUUUUAUGCAACUCUAUGCCUUAGACUAGUGUUGUCUAUGAAAUGCAAAUACAUCUGACAAGGAGGCUCAAAAUAUUUUUACAGGGGUUCUCCCUGGAGGUCAUGGGUUGUAGCUGUGUUUAAGUGAUGUGGCUUUUUCGAAGACCUGAACACAGUUUUACUCUCUCAUGGUUACUCUAAGUACUGGGUUUUUUCCUUACUGCUGUAAAAGUCCCAGCUCCUAGAACUAAGUACAUUUUUUUUAAACGAUCUGUGUUCUCCCUAAUUUAAUCCUGCUGUAAAAAAGGGCUUCAAAGCACACAUCCCAAUAUCUUAACAAAACCAAGGUAAACACAUCCCUAAAAGUACUUAGCUUUUUAGAAAACAAGAUCCUGUGGAGCCUGAUUCAGCAUGCUAGAUUUAUCAAGCAAACUAUACAAACUUUACUGGAUUAAAUUUUUCCUCCCCAGUCAAAUACAUGCGAUUUCUGUGGUCAGUAUACAUUAAAUCCUGAAGGGAGUGCAGAGUAAUCUGCAUUUUUUUGUAGUGGCUGGUAUUCGUGUAGUUGAAAAGCUCUACACCUCAGAGAGAGGAACACAAGAGGUGCAUGUUUUAAAAUUGCAGCACGUUGCUAAAUAUAAGUUGCUGUUUUGUCAUUUUCAAAUAGGAUUUUCUCAGUUCACUGAUUUGAUUGCUGUAGCAACCUCUCAUUUGGGUCAUGCAAGUUUUGUCUUUAUAAAGCCUCAUGACUUCUUUUUGGAAACUGAAUGAAAUCAAGACAACUCAUGGUUUUAGGUGUUGGGGAUGUUUUCCAAUACUUCAAAGAAAAGAAGAUUCAGAAAUCAAUUUUUUAUAAGAUGGCGAGGGAAAAUUUUCUUUGAUACAUUUUUAUGUCUCUCCCCUUAAACACUAUUCUUUUCUCCUGAAUGUCUCCUUCUUUCGAAGAAAAAUGCUUUGAACUUAGAAGAACAGUAAAGUGUAAAGCAUAUUAUCAAAAACCCUCCCAGACUAUUUCAUUCCAGUACAUCUUGUUUUGGGACUAGAAUUAAUAUGCUUGGUCCUGUAAAUAAAAAAUAGAAAUCAUCUUUAUCUCUCUAUCCCUGCCCAAAAUAAUUAAUACUGCAAUGCUGCAUCACUGUAAUUCAAAGGAGAGGCAUUGAUUUUUUUUUCUUCAUAAAUGUCAAUUUUGUAUUUUCCCAUGCUUUUUGUAGAGAAAUAGAUAACCUGCCAAUUUUACUUUUUAAUUGAACUUGCUCAUGCUAUUAAUGAAUAUUUCAUAAAGCCUUGAUAAUGAGCAUUACUUCAAGGGUAAAAUUAUGAGUGUUUUUCAAUGCAUGUGGUCUUCAUUUCAGGAAGACUGGCAGGAGACCUUUCCACAUGUAAUGGAAAAUUAAUAUAUAAAGCCAAUAUGAGAGGACGUUCCAUAGUUCUACUUUAAAAACAGAUGUAAUAAUGUACUUGCAAGACAAAACCCCCCAUGGUGAUUCCAUUUUGCUUGAUGCUUCCUGUUAGUGAUUACAUUAGUAGUGUUUACAGCUAUUUCUGCAGCGCUCUCUGUGUGCCCCUAAAUAUUAAGUUCUUGCCUAUGAGUUCAACAGUUCUGGUAAUUAAUAAUUAGCAGUGCAAGAAGUCUUUGUGAAAGGUAAAGUCACAAGGAAUGUAUCUCAUUGAGGAUAACAGCUGGAGCAAUUUGUUUAUCUUACAACCAGGAAAUCAUCUUGUCACUUGUAUGAGUAAACGAGAGCCACAGAAAAUAAAAUUAAAGAAGUAAUUUUAAAUUUAUUUUUUCACCCCAAUAACUUAAGUACCUCUCAACUGCAGCAUCCUGUAUACAUUUAUAACACAGGCUAUCCUGUAUUUUUUAUUCUGUUUUCAUGUAUGUUUGUGGAUUGUAUGUUCUGUGGUAUGAUUUUUGUAUCAUCAAGGUUUGAUGCUGCUUAUUCUAACUGCGAGGAUGUAAUGUUUGCCAGAACUGUACAUGACUGUGUUGCUGUCUUGAGGAACAAGUUUUUGAUGACUUGAGGAAGCUGAGGAGUUUGGACAGUAUUUAAGCUUUGGACAGGACUUAAAAUAUCUCCGCUUUCUCUUCAGAGAUGAAUAGUAGCAUCAGCAGGAUUGAUAAAGCAUCAUUUGGUAAUUGUCAAUAUAAAUUCUUUACUGGUUGUAUAAAUUUCUGUAUUUAUAUCUAGAGUAUAAUUUGGAAUGGAUCUUUUUUACAAAAAGAAAAAAGAUUUUCUAUUUGUUUUCUACUACUGUUGCAUUAGUAGAAUUUGCAUUUCAUAGCUCUGUUAAGUGUUAGCUUAUGUACUUGAAAUGUUUGUUUCAGCCAUACAGAAGACCAGUGUGUUUCUCAGAAAUUAUAAUUCAUUUGGAAGCCUCUGGAGACCUUUAGAGGACUAUUUCUGUAGCCAGUUGGAGCUAAUACCAAAAUUCAUAGCAGCUUCUGUAGGUUUAAUAGGGAUCAUCCUCAAUACUUUAACUGAAAAAAAUAAUCUUGAAAGGUUUGUGGUUUUUUUUCAAUGCAUAGAAUUAAUCUUAAAAUAUCAUCCCCUUGUCAUAUGUAAAUUAAAAAAAAUAUUAGCAUUGUUAACACUUUUGCAAAGAAGCAAAAUGCUGAUGAAUACAUACCCAAGAGUAUUUCUGGACAAAUUUUAGUCAAUUUAGCUGUAGUGGUUAAAGAUCUAUCACCUUCAGAACACUCAGCAGAAAAUUCAUAUGUGCACGUGGUAGAAUUACAAACAACUGUUUUAAAUAAUUAAAGACUUGUUCCCCAGUUGACAAAAACUUGAUGAACUCUCUGAUGGGAUUUUGAGUUCCUAUAACCUAUUGCUUGUAUUAGUGAGGCAGAAGAAGCUGGUGCCUCAUUUAUGUUUAACACCAGUCAUGCCUUUUUUAAUGUUUUUACGUUGCUUCCCAGCUCCUGUGUCUGGAUGAGCUCCCAGCUUCUGGCAAGAUGAGACCUUUGCAUGUCUCUCCAUGGUUUCUGUUCAGAAGAGCUGGAUGGGCAGGCCAGGAAAAAGUUGUAGGGUCAGGGAGGAAAAGAUACACCAAGACUUCAGGCUCCAAAGCCUAGCCUAGCCAAUUUGGAAUAUUUUAAAUUAUAUUUUUACAGUUCCUUCUGGAAGCUUUAUCUAACAGUUAACACAAGCUACCAGAAUGUCCUUGGAAAGAAAAGUGUUUUGGCUAACUCUACCAGCUGUGUAAGACAUUGCAAGUACUGAAUAUUAUGGUAGCUAUUAGUAGGACAAUAUCCAAAUGGCCAGUGAAUAUUUUAUUCUGUGGAACAAAUACUUUGGAAAAAUAUAGUUUGUAGUAUUAUUCAAAGACUAGUGUUAGACUAGGAUUGAAAAGCUACUGAAUAUAAAUGCAAUUUGGUACAAAAUUUUAAGUAAUUUGCAACUAUCUUUUUCCAAAUUCAUUGGAAACAACUAUUUUAGGGAGCUGUGUUUGAUCCAGGUAGACAAGAAUGUGUGAACUGGAUGGUGGGAACAGGAAGAAAUGAACUAAAAGUAAAAUUGGAUGGUUUGUUUUCAUUAUGGAAACUGUGUGUAAAGCCAAAAAUAAAUUCUCCACAGUGCCCCAAAUCCCUUCUAUGACUUUUUAAAGGGAAUAGCAUUUUAAGUCCCAAAUUUUUUAAACUAAAUCAUUAAUUGGAUAAAAACCAGUUUAAUAACCUGACAGUGUCAUUAACAGGGAAAGAGUUAGAGAUACAACUGUUUUUCUCCUGGUGUUAGUUGAAGUAAGCUCUGUUUGGAACUAAUUCUCUUUGCAGUCGUGGUCAAUUGUUUUGUGAAUGGGGAGAUUGAGGAAAGCCAUUCAAAGCUGCUUGGUCUUGCCUUUCAGGGAUGGGGAGAGCAUGUGUGCUGAACAGUAGGACCCAAAAGCUUUUAAUGAGAAUUUCAAGGAUACAAGAUUUGCUAGUUGGAUACCUUAGGAAGGUUUACAAGGAGGACAAAGGCAUGCAGAUUCUCACUGUGAAGGUUCCUAGUAGCACUCUUCUCACAAGAUGCCAUGUCUAUACAUUGAAACAGGCAUUUGGACAGCGUGCCUAGCUACAUUCCAGAGGAUUUUCUACAGGCAUCUGUCACUUGUGGUGUCUGUACUUUCUGUCUUGGUUUCAUGUCUCCUUAACUUGGGUACCUUGAAAAACACAGUUGUCCAUAUUCGACAAAAAUUACCAUUUUUCCCAUUCAAGGAGCACAGCUUGUGAACCUGUCCUGAAAUAAUUUGUUUCAUUAGCCACCUUUUUACAUCAUAUUCUUUGAAUCCUAAAAGAGCUGCAACUCUUUUAGGCACCUCCCUAGAGCUGCCAGUUACAUCAGGAAUUUGAUAUGCUUGUAUUUCGAUGGGAUCAUCAAAUAGCAAGGUGAUAUUCACAGUGGCGAUGAGACAUGCAAUAGAUGGGAUUUGUACAUAAGGAGUACAAGCUGUUGAGAUGCUCCUGAAAGGUGAAAGGGGCCUGAUCUCUGCCCCUUCCCUCUGGUUCUUCUUUGUUGCUGUCAUCACACACAAAUAAUUUAACAUCACAUAAUAUUAGCAGCUUCUUAUCUUAAUUCAUGGUGACAUCAAACCUAUCAGUCACUACUAACAAAACUUCUCAGUGUCACUUCUGUCUGUCUAGAGCAGGUAUCUUCAAAUAUUGAGCACUAUGGAAUUGCAUUAAUGUAUUUUUAAUGUAUAUUCUGGCAUUUAAGAAAGGUAAAUUUCAUCUGAAGGUAUUUCAAAAGUU